GUAAUAUUGUCAAUUUUUCUAUUUAUCAUUUAUCAUGGUAUUUAUUUACAACAAGAGGAUUGUAAUCCUCACCAUUUCAGUCGCAUUUUUUGUUACAUUAAUAUAGUUAGCUCGAUCAUUUCAACUCGUUUCGGGGCUAGUUUCAUAUUACUGCACUCGAACCUUAAGUUUUAUUACAACUGACGGGUUAUCAAUUAUGACACACAUGUAAGGUGAACAAAAAAAUAACAAAUAAAGAAAAUGUCUGACAAGGAAAUUACAAACGUCGAUGCUGAAAAUGAAGUAGAAUCUAACUAUCAACCACCACCACAAAAGACAAUCGAGGAAAUUUUAGCUACCGAUCAAGAGGACGAAAGUUUAAGAAAGUACAAAGAAGCAUUACUUGGCGCUGCUCAAUCCGAAAAAAUUAUUGUUGAUGCCAAUGAUCCUCGCAAAGUCAUCGUUAAGAAGUUAGCCCUAUGUGUCCCCGGCCGUGACGAUAUGGAACUCGACUUGUCGGGUGAUUUGUCGAAACUGAAGAAACAGGUGUUCACUAUCAAAGAGGGCAUUCAGUAUAAAAUCCGCAUUGAUUUCAUUGUUCAAAGAGAGAUUGUUCAUGGUUUGAAGUACGUUCAGAAGACAUAUCGAAUGGCUGUGCCAGCUCCCGUUGAUAAAAUGACUCAUAUGGUCGGUUCCUAUCCGCCGAAAGCAGAAAUACAAAGCUACUUGACACCAUUCGAGGAGGCACCUUCAGGUAUGAUGGCUCGAGGUUCGUAUUCCGUUACAUCAUUGUUUACGGACGAUGACAAAAACGAACAUCUCAAAUGGGACUGGUCCUUUGAAAUAAAGAAAGAUUGGUAAAUUCUCACUGCAAGACACACGCGAGGUAUAUUUACCGAAACAAGGAAUUAAGGUUGUUCAUUAAAAUGCAUACACUAUAAUUAAUUAUUACUAUACGAUGUAUCGCGCUGCAAUUAAUAAGUAUUUGGUUUUUCUGUAUUAUUUUUCAAAUAUUCGCGUUUGCAAUUUUUGUCUAAAUUUCUUUUUUUUUGUGACUGAUGUAUUCCAUUUUGUUGUUUAAUUAUUUGCAAAAAAAAAGUUAAAACGUGAUAAGCGGUGCAUUUAUUAAAAAAAAAAAGUUGCCUGUAGAUCAAUUGUUUCGAUUUUGAUUCCAAUUUAUAUAAAUGAAAUGAAAAGCAAUAAAUAAUUCAAUUUUUGAAACGAAAAUGUUCACCACAAACAUUUCGUUUUCCUUAUAAAUAAUGUUGUUCGCAAUCUUUUAAUUUGUUUGUAACUAUAAAUACAAUUCAAUGCUUCCAAAAGUAUUAUCGAUGUCAAAAAGAGAAGAAGAUGUAGUUUCUAUACCUUACAUUAAUUAUAACAGACAGACAAAAACGUUUAUUCUUCUUAAUGAAAAUCAAAAUGCCUUACAAUAAUAAGUAUAUUAAACAGUGUGCAUGUAUAAAGUCCUGAAAUAAAACUUACAUUUUUCAUCUAAACAUU